CGCACCUGCCCAAAGGUCACGGGACAGAGGGCGAUGCCAAGAAGCUGGUGACGGCUUUCUUCUCCUUCCACCAUGGCUGACGGCAUUAAAUAUGAAGUGGCCUCCCAGCAAGAGGGGGAUGCCUCCCCUUUGGGCGAUGAAGCCAGCUCAGGGUCUGAGCAGGUAAAGCUGAAGAAGGAGAUCUCGCUGCUUAAUGGCGUGUGCCUGAUUGUGGGGAACAUGAUCGGCUCGGGCAUCUUUGUCUCCCCCAAGGGCGUGCUCAUGUACAGUGCCUCUUUUGGCCUCUCCCUGGUCAUCUGGGCUGUUGGGGGCCUCUUCUCCGUCUUUGGGGCCCUUUGUUAUGCGGAAUUGGGCACCACCAUUAAGAAAUCUGGAGCCAGCUAUGCCUACAUCCUUGAGGCCUUCGGGGGAUUCCUUGCCUUCAUCCGACUGUGGACCUCGCUCCUCAUCAUCGAGCCCACCAGCCAGGCCAUUAUUGCCAUCACCUUUGCCAACUACAUGGUGCAGCCCAUCUUCCCGAGCUGCUUUGCCCCCUAUGCGGCUGGGCGCCUGCUGGCUGCUGCCUGUAUCUGUCUCUUAACCUUCAUUAACUGUGCCUAUGUCAAGUGGGGAACACUGGUACAAGAUAUCUUCACCUAUGCUAAAGUCUUGGCAUUGAUCGCCGUCAUCAUUGCAGGCAUCGUUAGACUUGGCCAGGGAGCCUCCACUCACUUUGAGAAUUCUUUUGAGGGUUCAUCAUUUGCAGUGGGGGACAUUGCCCUGGCAUUGUAUUCGGCUCUGUUCUCCUACUCAGGCUGGGACACCCUCAACUAUGUUACUGAAGAGAUCAAGAAUCCCGAGAGGAACCUACCUCUCUCCAUUGGCAUUUCCAUGCCCAUUGUCACCAUCAUCUACAUCUUGACCAAUGUGGCUUAUUACACUGUGCUAGACAUGAGGGACAUCCUGGCCAGUGAUGCUGUUGCUGUGACUUUUGCAGACCAGAUUUUUGGAAUUUUCAAUUGGACAAUUCCAUUGGCGGUUGCAUUAUCCUGCUUUGGUGGCCUCAAUGCCUCCAUUGUGGCUGCUUCUAGGCUUUUCUUUGUGGGCUCAAGAGAAGGCCAUCUCCCGGAUGCCAUCUGCAUGAUUCAUGUUGAGCGGUUCACACCGGUACCUGCUCUGCUCUUCAAUGGUAUCAUGGCACUGAUCUACUUGUGUGUGGAGGACAUCUUUCAGCUCAUUAACUACUACAGCUUCAGCUACUGGUUCUUCGUGGGGCUCUCUAUUGUUGGUCAGCUUUAUCUGCGCUGGAAGGAGCCUAAUCGGCCUCGUCCCCUCAAGCUCAGUCUUUUCUUUCCCAUUGUCUUCUGCCUCUGCACCAUCUUCCUGGUGGCCGUACCGCUUUACAGUGAUACCAUCAACUCCCUCAUCGGCAUUGGCAUUGCUCUCUCGGGCUUGCCCUUUUACUUCCUCAUCAUCAGAGUGCCAGAACACAAGCGACCUCACUGCCUCCGAAGGAUUGUGGCAUCCACUACAUGGUACCUCCAGGUCCUAUGUAUGUCAGUUGCUGCAGAGAUGGAUUUGGAAGAUGGAAGAGAGACACCCAAGCAACGAGAUCCCAAGUCUAACUAAACACCAUCUAGAAUUCUAAGAUGCGGAAAGCGGGGGCCUCUUGUCUCUUGCUGGCUGGAGCCAAGGAAGAGAAAAGGAAAGUACACUUCUUUGUUGAAGCUGCUCAGACCAAGCUUCUGGACAGGUGCCUCCAAUUUUUGAACUUGCUUUUUGAGAGAUGAAAAGUAAUUUAUUUGUUUUGCUACACACUGUUCCAGAUUUUUUUAAAAAAAGAGAAUAUAGCAGACUGUGGUGGGGAGCAUGUCAGGUGUGGGCUUGGUUGUACUAGUAGCAUAUUCCCGUGUGUCAAGAUGUUCACUCACUUCUGGCUGUGCCUACCCACUCCUUUCCUUUAAAAGGGCCAAUA